AAUGAAUACAGACUGAUGCUCUCAAUGAAGAUUAUGUGCAAAUGGUGAUGGGUUAAUAUCUGAAUUCUAUUGAACACUUGCCUGAUGCGUAAAACUCCAAUGUGAUUCUUCUUACAAAUAAUGGAAAAGCCUACAAAGCAGCAGAUAACCAGGAUAUACUCUCAGGAGAGUUUCACAGAUGUUUAUGCUAUGGCAAAGUUUUCUCUUCCACCAUUAAAACCACCAGGAAAGCUACCAUCAGUGUUUAAAGUGCACCUACCACCAAUGAAACUAUCAGGCAGGCAAAUACCAUCAUCUUCAACUAUCACAGCUGCACCCUUGUAUCAAAAUAGAGAAUCAAACAAACAUUUAUUAGCUUGUAUACCAGAGACAAACCCCAUUUUUCUUCUCCCUCAACUAAAUAUUUCAGGAAACAAAAUAGGAAGAAAAUACAAUGAACUCCCUCCACUGACCACUACAGUCAAACCGACAGAAGCAACUCAGGAAGUAAUUUAUCUGCAGAGUCCUCUAGAUAAAGCACAGGCUGCAAAGAACAAAGGCAACAAAUACUUUAAAGCUGGAAAAUACGAACAAGCUAUUCAAUGCUAUACUGAAGCCAUCAGUUUAUGUCCUUCUGAAAAAAAUAGUGACCUUUCUACAUUUUAUCAGAACCGAGCUGCAGCUUAUGAACAACUGCAAAAAUGGAAAGAAGUGGCCCAGGACUGCACAAAGGCAGUUGAACUUAAUCCCAGAUAUGUGAAAGCACUUUUUAGGCGUGCAAAAGCACAUGAGAAACUAGACAACAAAAAAGAAUGUUUAGAAGAUGUUACUGCAGUUUGCAUUUUAGAGGGCUUUCAAAAUCAGCAAAGUAUGUUGCUAGCUGAUAAAGUUCUUAAACUUCUUGGGAAAGAAAAAGCCAAAGACAAAUAUAAGAACCGGGAACCCUUGAUGCCUUCACCACAGUUUAUCAAAUCUUACUUCAGCUCUUUCACAGAUGACAUUAUAUCUCAGCCUCUUCUAAGGGAAGAGAAAUCUGAUGAAGAUAAAGAUAAAGAAGGAGAGGUCUCCGUAAUAAAAGAAAACGGUGGCUAUUUAAAGGCAAAGAAAUAUAUGGAGGAAGAAAACUACGACAAAAUAAUUAGCGAGUGUACUAAAGAAAUUGAAGCUAAAGGAAAAUACAUGGCAGAAGCUUUGCUAUUAAGAGCUACAUUCUAUUUACUUAUUGGUAAUGCAAAUGCUGCCAAUCCUGAUUUGAAUCAGGUUAUUGUUAUGGAAGAUGCAAAUGUAAAGCUUCGUGCUAAUGCUCUCAUCAAACGAGGAAGUAUGUAUAUGCAGCAGCAACAGCCUUUGUUCUCUACUCAAGACUUCAAUAUGGCUGCUGAUAUUGAUCCUCAGAAUGCAGAUGUUUAUCAUCAUAGAGGACAGCUAAAAAUUUUGCUUGACCGUGUAGAAGAAGCUGUAGAAGAUUUUGAUGAAUGUAUCCGUUUGCGCCCAGAUUCUGCCUUGGCACAGGCACAGAAAUGUUUUGCUUUGUAUCGUCAAGCCUAUACUGGAAAUAAUACUUCGCAAGUACAAGCAGCAAUGAAAGGUUUUGAGGAUGUUAUUAAGAAAUUUCCAAGGUGUGCUGAAGGUUAUGCAUUGUAUGCUCAGGCAUUAACAGACCAACAACACUUUAGCAAAGCUGAUGAUAUGUAUGAUAAAUGUAUUGAUCUUGAGCCAGAUAAUGCUACUACCUACGUUCAUAAGGGUUUACUUCAGCUUCAGUGGAAGCAAGAUUUAGAUAAAGGUUUGGAACUUAUAAGCAAAGCUAUUGAAAUUGAUAACAAAUGUGAUUUUGCAUAUGAAACCAUGGGGACAAUUGAAGUGCAAAGGGGCAAUCUGGAUAAAGCCAUUGAAAUGUUCAACAAAGCUAUUAAUCUAGCCAAAUCAGAAAUGGAAAUGGCUCACCUCUACUCACUCUGUGAUGCUGCUUAUGCCCAGACAGAAGUUGCUAAAAAAUAUGGAUUGAAGCCACCAACGCUGUAAAACAAAAAGGAAUAGGGGAGGAAUGAUCUUUUAAAAAGUAAAGCUGCCCACUUCAACCUAGUCCUAAAGACACUGUUGCAGUGUGUUGAAUGGUGGAAGUUACUUUUUUUUUUGUGCUGUUGUAAUUCUGUUAAAUGUUUAGGUGUUGUGGAAAUGGCUAUUCAAGAAAGAAAGCAAUUCCCCCCCUUGCCCUCCCCCAUCAAAUAAUUGUUAGAAGAAACUUAAAAACAAAAUUGCAAGGGGAUCAAAGAUUAUUUUGGCCAUGCAAAUAAAAAUCUGACUCUUUUUUUAAUGGUAACUGUUGUGAAUGACUGGUUCUAACCACAAGAGUGUUAUGCAACAUGCUGUUCUGUUGAUUUUAACAAUAGUGCUGUGUAUUUUAUAUAUAUAAGAAUCCUUUUUCAUUAUUUUAGGUUUGGGGAAACAAGAAAAAUUGUGAAUUGUUUGAGGGGGAAGAUUUUGUGGCAAUAGGUACUGAAGCUUUUUUUUUCCCAAAAGAAGAUCUCAUAUGCAAACAUUUCCUUACUUCCCUUUGGUUUCUGUUUCAUAUGAGACAGUGGCUAUACUAGUUUUCAGGACACUCUCGUAAACAGUUUAUAGCUCAUUCGCUGUCAUAUGAGGAUGUUCUGUGUUCCGAAAGCAAAUUAUUUUGAUUUGAGCAUUCUUAGAAAUAAUUUUAUUAUUAAAGAGCUUUUCAAAACAACAAUAGCAAAAUUGCCUAAGAAAUCCUGGAACUGUUCAAAACAAUAUGCUACAAUUGCUGUGUCAUACAAGAGUUUAGAACCUUGGAAUGACGCUUGGUUCAAAAGGUCUGACUGAUUUGAAAACUAUAGCUAAUUAUUCUUUCAUGAAACAAUAUUUUCUUGUAUUGAUACUACACUAUACAAAGUUUAGUUCUGUUUAAACAGUCUUUGAAUUAGAGUACUUAGAAAAGAUGUUAUCAGUUGUUCCCCUGUUAUUUGUAAAUUCAAUCCAUAAUUCUUGUAGUGCUAUUUCAAUUUAUCUGAAAUGCAUUGUGUAGCACAUUUGAGUAUUCCUUUAUUGGAAUUUCUUUUUGCUACAAAUGCCAAAGAAAUAAAAUCAUAUUUACAAUAUCUUCCCCCAAAGAUUGUUGUCUUUUUCACUUAUUAAAAGACAGUGGCUGACCUGGAAUGAUUGAGCAAAGUCAAAUAAUAUUGCUCAAUGUUCAAGUUAGAAUUUCAGCUUUUCAAAAAAAGCAGUGCAAUGAAACUUUAUUUCCUAUGUCUCCAUCUCAUUUCCCUACCAUGACUGCAUCAUAUUUUCAAAGGGGUUUUUAUUUGCAUGGCUAUACAGGCACUUCUCUCUUGAAAACAAUGAAGAAUUAAGCAUGUGUGAACUAAUACUAGCAUUUCGAAUUAUCAGAAUUUUUGCCUGUUCAGAUAUUUAAAGUUGCACUGAAACAAUGCAUAUGAUUCUUUUUGUAAAUGACUUAUACAUGUAAAGUCACCAAAUAAAUAUGUUCAGAUAUCUUUAUA